AUGAUCAAUUCAACAGAGCCAGUUAUCAUCAUCGGAGCCGGAGUCUUUGGGCUGUCAACCGCCUACGAGCUGUCCUCUCGCGGGUACAAGAAUAUCACUGUCCUCGAUCGUUUCUUGCCGCCAGUCCCUGAUGGCAGCAGUGUCGACAUCUCUCGAAUCAUUAGGAUGGAGUAUGCAGACCCAGAUUAUCACCAAAUGGCACAAGAGGCUAUGCAGGGUUGGAAGACGUCUUUUAAAGAUUACUAUCACCAUUCUGGCUUCGCGAUCUUAUCAGAAACGUCAUCAAAUCCAUACAUCGAGAAGAUCCUGCAGAUCACCGAAGCCCAAGGCGGAUCAUUAGAUGCAUCUCCAAACGCAAAUAGCCUGAAAAAGAUGUAUCCCGAUAUUCGAGCCGACUACAGUGCUUUAAAUGCAUACCACAAUUCCGAAGGAGGUUGGGCGGAUGCGGAAGGGAGUAUUCGGCAUCUUGCAAAUCUGUGUAAAAUUAACGGUGUCUCUUUCAUUACCGGGAAACGAGGGACUGUACAAACCUUGCAGAAAGAGGGAGGUCGCGUGAACGGAGUGAACAUGUUGAGUGGGGAGUUUCUGCCUGCAUCAAAAGUAAUACUCGCCACAGGUGCCUGGUCCAAUCUCUUGCUUGAUAUGUCCUAUGCGGCAUCCGCGUCAGGGCAGCCUGUGGGCUUCAUUCAACUAACCCCAGAGGAGGCCUCUAACCUCCAAAGGAUUCCUGUCAUGAUCAACCUCACCAGCGGUAUCUUUGUGUUCCCUCCGCAGCCAGGCACAAAUAUCCUCAAGGUUGCUCGGCAUAGUUACGGCUUUGGAACUGCCAUCAAAUCCGAUGACGGGGGCCGUAUCGUUUCCUCGCCGAAGCGUGAUUCUAACAACGCCAACAAAUCCUUCCUGCCCGAGGAAGCAGAUCAAGCUUUGCGAGAUGGCCUUCGACAGCUCCUUCCCGAAUUUGCAAAUCACCCUUGGUCGAGUCUUCGACUGUGCUGGUACACAGAUACCCCGGAGGGAGACUUUAUCAUUGACCAUCAUCCAACAUUGAAAGGUCUCUUCCUUGCGACAGGUGGAGCUGGACAUGCUUUCAAAUUUCUGCCAGUACUUGGUCGGUACAUAGCCGAUUGUUUUGAACAUUGUGCCUCAGCUGCAUUGAGACAGAAAUGGCGGCUUCGUUUACCGGAUAGCAAGAAAGAGGUCAAGAUUGGGGAUGGAAGUCGCGCCGGACCUGCUUUUCGAAUCUUGUCGCCUGAAGAACAGAGUAAACUCUGA